AUGACCACCGAAUUCUCUGACGAUGUUGCGGAGGAUUACAAGAGGGCUCUUGAAGACUUGACCAUGAAUUCACGAUAUGAGAUCAGCAAUCUAACAGUCAUCGCAAGAGAGAAUACAGAGCAUGCCCUCGCCAUUUCCGAGGCCUUGAAGAGCCAUAUCAAGCAGACCUCGCCGCAGAAGAAGCUUCCUGCAUUUUACGUUCUUGACUCCGUCAUUAAGAACGUUGGGACACCGUACACAAUCUUCCUUUCCCGCGGCCUUUACUCAACGUUUAUGGAGGCAUACGCUUUGGUGGACAACAGUGUGAGGAGGAAGAUGGAUGAAAUGCUGAAGACUUGGAAGGAACCUGUACCAGGAGCUUUGGACACACGCCCGGUCUUCCCACGGGAUGUCACAGGUCCAAUAGAGAAUGCUUUGAUUAAGGCUAGGACAUCUGCAAUACAGGCUCAGCAAGAACACACCAGAAGCCAGCAACAAAUACUGGGGCGGGGGCGGCCUGGUCCAUCGCCUGCUCCCUACCGCGAGACUCCUACUCCACCAAAUGCAUACCGACAGCCCCCUCCUGUACAACAAGGAUACAACUCAAACUACCCCCAGCAACAGUACCCCUCAGCCAUGAACGGCCAACAAUACGGCCAGCAACCACAUGUCCAACAGUCAUAUGGACUCCCACCUGUGAGUAGACCUUCCUCUGGCAAAUUUGACUAUACUAAUCAAGACCAGCGACCACCAACCCAGAAUUACAUUCCACAUAACGCAAGUGCGGGAUCAUGGCAACAACCCCCGCCGCAGCAAGGAUAUAGUGCACAUGAUAAUAGCAUAGAUGAACUGAACAGUGAUAUUGCAAACCUUAUCACAGUUUUCAAGACAGACUUUGCUCUGAACCCGUUGGAUGGCAAUAUACAAAAGAGACUGAAGGCAUUGCUCGACCUACAAUCUAUAAUGCAGAGUCAAAGAUUGCCCCCUCAGCAAAUUUCUGAAAUCAAGACCCAAGUGGCAAAGCUUUCUGAAGCAUCUAAAGCGACACCUAAAGCACCCAAGUCUCCUACCCCUGCCCCAGUUCCCGCUCAACUUCCACAGCAAAAUUCUCUAAGCUCACUCUUGGGUCCGGGGGGACAGGGUACUCUCGCAGCGCUGCUGGCGAAACAAACACCUCCCAUUCAAACCCGAUCACCACAACCAGCUCUUAAUCAACCUUUCAAACCACCUCCUGUAUCCAUGGCCCCCACACCUGUUCCAGAUACGGGUUCUCUAUUUGAAAAAUUACUGGCAGCUGGUAUAAUCUCAGGAAAACCUGCCAUAAGUACACCUACCCCGAACAUUCCGUUGCCUGCAAACAUAUCUGGGUAUCGACCCCCAUUCACCCCAAACCCAUCUAGAACACCGUUAGGAGAAAUACCGAAUGAUGUCGUCCUGAAGACAUCUUCGUUGAAAAUUCUUUAUGAAAAACUGGGUGCACCGUGUACACAAUGCGGCAGGCGGUUCCAAUCUAAUGAAGAGGGCAAAAAGAAAAAGACAGCCCAUAUGGAUUGGCACUUCAGAGUACAUCAACGAAUGACGGAAGCGGAGAAAAGAGGGCAACAUCGGAGUUGGUAUGUUGAUGAAUUGGAUUGGAUCAAGUCUCGGGAGGUGGAAGGAGAUCAGAAUACCAGUAAUGGUGACAAAACAAACGGCUCUGGCGUUACUAGCUCUAGUAUAACGAGUAAACCAAAGCUGCAGUAUCUCCCCGUUCCAGAUGACCCUGCACUUGCAAGUAGCACAUGUCCUAUCUGCACAGAGAAGUUUGAAAUGAAGUGGCUCGAUGAGGCUCAGGAGUUUGUCUGGAUGGAUGCCAAGAAGAUCAACCAGCGGAUCUACCAUAUUAGUUGCUACGAGGAUGUCAACAAAGCUGGUAUUAAGAGAGACACACCGGAACCUGUUCUUGGGAAGCGAAAACAUGAGGUAACUACUCCCACUGGGUGCAGGAUAGGCAAAUCUAACAAAGCUCAGGACGACAAUAUUGCAGUUCGGUCAAAGAUUAAGACGGAGUCCUAUUAA